GUUGUCCGCAGAACAAACCGCUCGUCGCUUUACACUUAUUCGAAGAGUGCACUAUUUACGAAAAACGCACAAACACGUAUUCGUCAUGCAAGCCUUAACAUUGGUCCUUUUAGUAGGUCUGACCGCCGCUGUCUUGGUGUCCGUCGAAGGAGCGCCGGCCAGUGACAAGAAGAUCGGCAUCAGUCACAAGCUGAAGACGACCAGCACGUCGACCACGAUCUCACCGUCGCGCAAAUGCAAGUCCGAGUGCCCGAACGAUUACAAUCCGAUCUGUGGCUCGGACGGUGCCAAGGUGAACCUGAGCUUCGGCAACAAAUGCGUGAUGGAGAAGUACAACUGCGAGCACAACACGAAACUUACAGUGAAAGUAAACGCUGAGUGCCCCAACAGCAAAGGCAUCCGUCUUGCUUAACACGUCGUAAUCAACAACACUAUAUAAAUAAUAUAAGCAGCACGUGACAUUAACAAGGAUAACAGUUCGAAAAAGGAUUCGUCAUAUUUGUCUGAACCCGAGCCACAUACAGACACUCCUACGUAUACACACAAAUACAACACACAACACACACACACAUACACACAAUAUACACACACGUACAUACACUAACUGAUAACACCAAUAUACACUAAAAACCACUCCAGCGUUAUUUUAAAAAUAUCUCUUAUAACAUAAUAUGCGUAUUGUUUUCAAUAUAAUAUACAUUUUUUUUUGUGUCA